AUGAAUGCUGGGGCACGGAGCACACAGGCCUCGAUUCUCCUUUUCCUGCAUGCUGACACUCAUCUGCCCCCUGCAGCUCUUGCGCAGAUCCAGGCGGCACUGCGAGACCCAGAUGUGCAGGGCGGCUGCUUUGAAUUACGUUUCGAGGAAGAGUCGCAAAGCGCCACGCUACGCCUUUGGAGCUGGUUUACGCGAACGGGCUGCUGUCGUACACCCCGGCUCGUCUUCGGCGAUCGCGGCAUCUUUGUGCGGCGAAAAGCAUUUGAACAGAUGCAAGGCUACAGGGAGUGGCCACUCUUGGAGGACGUGGACUUUGCAAUGCGGCUUGCCAAGCUCAAUCGUAGAGCUUUCCGGUUUCUGCCUGUGGCUGUCACGACAUCUGCAAGACGAAUGCUGGCGAUGGGGCCCCUGAAGCAACAGCUGCUGAACACAUGCAUCAUCGUCUGCUGGUACCUGGGCGCGAGUCCGGAGCGCAUGAGAGACUGGUACCGGUACUACACCGCGCCUCCCGCUCGGCGGCCCUGA